AGGCAGCUGCCUCCAAACAGUGUGAGAACAAAGGCAGCUUCCUUCACAUACCAGUGGCAGUUUCUGUUAACACCAGAAGUGCCUCCAGGAGCUACCGCUGCCACGAUUUGACCUUGCCCUUUCUGGAUCCACAGUCACUUCAGGACAAACACACCCACACACCACAUUUAUUUUGACCUGGCCAGAAUGGACUACGUAGAAGUCCCCGUGCAAGAACCCAGUGAAGAGGACCAUCAGUCUGGUCCAGGCAGGCAUUAUAUGGCCCAUGGUGAAGAGUAUCAGGACGGAAUGGUUGUGAUGGACUCCGACAAGGAAGAAGUCCCCAUGCAAGAAGUCAGAGUAGAGGACCUUCAGUUGGAGAAACCUCCUGCUUCCUCCCAGGUCUCAACUCAUGACAAGUAUCAGGCCAGAAUGGACAUAAAGGAUGCCAACAGCAUAGAAGUCACCAUGCGAGAAACCAGAGGAAAGAACUGUCAAGCGGCUUGGGAGAAUCCAGACGGUGACAUUGGCGUUUGUGGCUGGCUGUUGGUGGGGUUCUCCUUCCUGCUCAUGCUGGUUACCCUUCCCAUCUCCAUAUGGAUGUGCAUUAAGAUUGUGAAGGAGUAUGAACGAGCCAUUAUCUUUCGCCUGGGGCGCAUUUUGCGAGGAGGAGCCAGAGGACCAGGGUUGUUCUUCAUCCUGCCCUGCACUGACAGCUUCAUUAACGUGGACAUGCGCACAAUCACCUUCGAUAUCCCACCACAAGAGGUUUUGACCAAAGACUCUGUGACCGUGAGUGUGGAUGGUGUGGUGUACUACCGGGUCCAGAAUGCCACCCAGGCCGUGGCUAACAUCACCAAUGCCGACGCCGCCACCCGACUGCUCGCCCAGACCACGCUGAGGAACGUCCUGGGAACCAAGAACCUGGCGGAGAUCCUGUCUGACCGUGAAGAGAUCGCACACAGCAUGCAGGCGACUCUGGAUGAUGCAACAGAUGAGUGGGGGAUCAAGGUGAAGCGGGUGGAGAUCAAAGAUGUCAAGCUGCCCCAACAGCUCCAGAGAGCGAUGGCGGCUGAGGCGGAGGCCAGCCGCGAGGCCAGAGCCAAGGUCAUCGCAGCGGAGGGAGAGAUGAACGCCUCUCGGGCUCUGAAGGAGGCCUCCCUGGUGAUCGCAGAGUCUCCGUCUGGCCUGCAGCUGCGCUACCUUCAGACCCUCAGCACCAUCGCCACCGAGAAGAACUCCACCAUCAUCUUCCCGCUGCCAAUGGAGAUGAUGCUAGCCUUCAUGAAACACUGAAGUGUCUUUGUACUGUCCUGAUAAACUUUGAUAUGAUUCCUUUAUUCAUUUAUUUAUUGCGGAAUCCAAAACCCUGUUACAAAGGUCAUGGUCGCAGCAUGACCACGAAGCAGCUUCUCUUCUUCUGUCUCUCACUUCUCUCCUCUUUAGACUUGAGAGAAACAUCCGAUUGAUAUAGUAAUUUCUGCUUUGUUUAAAAAAAAAAUCAAUAUUUCAUUCAAGAUUCAUGGUUGUGUUAGUUUUUGCAGCUAACUCAUAUUUUGUACACUUUACUAGUGUUUGAUAUGGUUUUAUCUUCACAUGUAAAGACUUGAAAUAAAUAUUUUAUCAAAAUCA